AUGGAGCCGCGUCCUCUCGCCGUCCUGCUGGCUUUGUUGUUGACAGCGCUCGCACGAGUCAACGCGGGAGGCUUGGACUUCACCACCGUGCCGCGGGAUGUGGUGGUGGAACAGGGAGGUCCUGCGAGGCUGGACUGCGAGGCGCAGAGCGUCUUUGGAACGCCGAGUAUACAUUGGCGAACGGACGACGGUCAGCCGAUCACGUUUAUCGGGGACAGUUAUCGAUCACAGCUAGCGAACGGGUCCUUGUACAUAAAUAGCGUGUACGCUGCUAGUGCAGAAUUAACCGGAAGUUAUCAGUGCUUAGCCUCCAUAGACAAUGUCGGAUCGAUUGUCUCUCGGGCAGCCACAAUCAAACUAGCAAGCCUUCCCGGUUUCGAAAGAGAACCUCAGGACACCAUGGUGUAUCCGGGACAAAUUGCAUAUUUGAGUUGUGCGCUACCUGCUUCUUCGAGUUUGUUAAAGAUACAAUGGUUAAAGGACGAACAUCCUUUAGUGCUCGAUAAAAGUCGUAUGACAAUUCUGCCGUCAGGCGCGUUGGAAGUCGACAAUGUUCAGAAUCACGACGUAGGAUCGUACAGAUGUAACGCAAGCGGCUACGGCCAAUACAGACUGAGCAACAAAGCGGAAUUAGGAUUAUUAUCUAGUGACAUCGAUGAGGGAUCUAGCGCUCCAGUAUUUAUUGCACAACCGUUGCAACAAAUAGCCACCGAAGGGUCUGACGUGACCCUGGAGUGCGCUGCCAACGGCUAUCCGAAACCGACGAUUCUUUGGCUCAAAGACGGCGUCGCUCUUGAUUUGACGUCACUAGACUCUAGAUAUCGCAAAGUCGCAGCCUCUAGUCUCAUGAUCACGAAUGCCCGAGAAUCGGAUCACGGUUCGUACCAGUGCCGCGCGGAGAACGAGGUCGAAUCUCUGGAUGCAGUCGCUGAAUUAACCGUACAAGUUCCGCCGCGGUUUGUAAAGAAACCCGAGGAUAAAGUGGCGAGCGAGAGUCAAGACCUAGAAUUCGAAUGCGAGAUUUAUGGAAAACCGGAACCGAAAGUUACCUGGCUGAAGAAUGGCGAGCGUAUCACGUUGAGCGCAUACUGGCAAAUUGUCAAUGGAUACAAUCUGAGAAUCAAUGGACUGUUACCUAUAGACGCAGGAAUUUUCCAAUGCAUGGGGGUGAAUCCUGCCGGUAGCGUUCAAGCCUCGGCGCGUCUCAUAAUUAACCAGCCCAAGAGCGCAAAUUCCCACAGAACGACAACUCCCAAGACAGUUCCUAAGAAAAAAUUACUACUACAACGGCAGUUGUAUAAUAAGACGUGGCAACAUCCGAGUACUCUGCUAGGACACACGUUCUCGUCGCACAUGCCGAGUCCUCCACUUUCAAUAAGUCCCUCUGACGAUCCCGCGGAUCUUCUCCCGAGCUCGUUUAAGUAUCCCAACUCCCUUUACGAUCCGGAAUCCCGUUUUAUAGAUGACACAGAUACUCUGGAAGCGUUCGACGGGGGUGGCGUACCCUCUCCACCGAGGAACUUGAGCCUCGUCAUCGUCACCGCGAGAUUCGUCACGCUACGCUGGCAAGAGUCAGAAAACGCGAACAGCGAUACUCUCAAUUAUUUCAUACAUUACAAACAGGAAGGGGCCAUGAGGGAGAGAGUUGUCAACACGCAGCAGAAACUGGAGGCCAUGAUACGCGGUUUGCAGCCCAGUAUGACGUACCAAUUCCACGUGGUCGCGCAAAAUCCUCGAGGAAGCAGUGCUCCUAGCGAAGUGUUACAAGUUACAACGUUAAUAGAGGCCAACGUUCCCGGGCCCCCGAUGAACCUGGAGGGUCAUGCGACGAGCAGCAUGAGUAUUACUUUAUCGUGGGAGGAGCCGCAAGUUAUUAAUGGACGAAUAUCCAAAUAUAUUAUUACAUUUAUGGAGGGCGAUGGUGAAGAGGUAACGCGUGAAACUACUAGUACAACGUAUGAAUUGGUAGAUCUCGUGCCUUAUACGGAAUACAGUAUUAGAGUUCAAGCGGUCAACGAAAAUGGCCCGGGCGCUUUUAGUAAGGAUAUCGUGAUUCGGACUCACAGCGCACAACCGACCCAACCGCCGCAUAACGUUACCUUAGAAGCAGCUAGUUCAACGAGUAUUAUCAUAAGAUGGGAACCCCCACUCGAGGGACAGAAUGGGAUAAUCACAGGUUAUAGAAUACGGUACCGCAGAUACCCGCACGAUUCCCGAUCCGGGGACCGGCGGUCCCCGAUCUCGGUGACAACUGAAGGAAAUCAACGUUUGUACGUGCUAAGCGGGCUCGAGAAGCACGUUGUGUACCAAGUCCGCAUAUGUGCCUUCAACGUCAAUGGAACUGGGCCUUGGACGGAAUGGACGAAGAUAGAGACAUACGAGAACGACUUGGACGAGACGAAAGUACCUAAUGCGCCCAGUAAUCUGAGAGCGAAUGCCAUGGCGGAUUCUAUACUAGUAUCGUGGCAUCCCCCGAAGGAUCAAAGCAUCAAAGUGAGAAAAUAUAAGUUAGGCUGGGGCAAAGGCUACCCCGAUGUCGAGAUACAGGUUCUUGAUGGGAAGCAACGAUCUUAUGCUAUUAAGCCUAUAGAACCAACAACGGAGUACGUGAUAUCUUUAAGAGCAACGAAUAAUGUUGGCGAUGGUCAGCCAGCAUACGCGAAUGUAAGAACUCCCGAACGUUUUGUAUCUGAAUCCGCAGUGCCUUUAAUACCACCCGUUGGCCUUAAAGCUAUCGUGCUCUCGGCUUCUACCGUUGUACUGUAUUGGACAGACACGACCUUAUCGAAAAGUCAAUACAUCACCGAUAGUCGAUACUACGUGGUGCGUUAUACGUUCUAUCAUCAUAGCAGCAGCCCGAGAUACAAAUAUUACAAUGCUACCGAUCUCAACUGUAUGAUUCACGACUUGAAGCCCAAUACACAGUACGAAUUUACAGUUAAACUGGUCAAGGGUAAACGAAGCUCGCCGUGGAGUAUGGUCGUUCUAAAUCAAACCCAGGAGGCUGCGCCUAGCACGGCACCUCGAGAUCUCAUCAUUCAAACUGUCGAGGAUCGUCCGACUUCCGUUCUACUGCGAUGGCAGCCUCCCAAGCAAUCUAAUGGACAAGUCACAGGAUAUCUCAUAGUUUAUUCCACUGACAACACGAGAUGGGAUCGCGAUUGGCUGGUCGAAGGUGUCAUUGGCGACAAGGUGGAUGCUGUCGUAAAGGGCCUGCAGCCUAACAUGAUAUAUUAUUUCAAGAUCCAAGCUCGUAACUCCAAGGGGAUGGGGCCGUUCUCCGCGACAGUCUCGUUUAAAACGCCACAAAGCAAUGGCAUGGAUGAUGAAUUGCAUGGUCGAGAUGGACGAAGCUUUUCUAAUCUAUUGAUUUACAUCAUAGUGGGUCUCUCAAUCGUCUUUAUCACUGCCAUAUCGGUAGUGGUCGUAGUGUGCUGUAGACGUAAUCCAAGCUCGCCAGAUCGGAAGAAAGGAUACAUGAAAGAUACGAAUCAGAAGACAAAUAUCAAGCCGCCGGAUUUGUGGAUUCAUCACGAUCAAAUGGAGCUGAAAGCACUUGAAAAAUCGUCGCUCAACGGCGAGGCCUCUACCAGCGGCGUCACCAGUAAUACACUACCCAGAUCGAGCAAUCCAGAAUACAAUCAAGAUAACAUACAUGGGAAUUCUAGUUCACUGGAUAAGCGUACUUAUGUGCCAAGUUAUAUGGGUAACACUGAUGAGAAGUGCUCAACCCUGAGCAGGCAGCACAGUCGUGGAAGCCACAAACCUAAAUUAAUUACACUUCCCGUUGACAGUACACCUUUGCAUCAGCCUAUAGCUACGGCUACGCCGAUUGUGAAUAGCAGCAUGUCGCAGCCGACGAUCCACACCUCGUGCAGCGAUACGUCGUCGGUGAGACAGAACUAUCCGCGAACGGUCGCGCAAUAUAGCUUAAAUCGCGCGCACGUCACGUUGGAGCCGACCCCGGAGUCCAGUCCGGAUUCUUGCAAUAUGCCUAGCUCAUACGAGCCUUUGCCGAGUCAGUUGUCGUAUGGUACGAGCGGGCAGUCGUACAGUGGUAAUACUCAGUACACUCCCGGCCAUUACGGCAACAACACUCAACCGAUGAACAGCACCGUUGGGGUGGAGAGCAAUGCUAGCAAGCGUUUGCAAGGGCAUCCUCUCAAGAGUUUCAGCGUGCCGGCUCCGCCGCCGCAGAGUGCCCCUUCGACACCGGCGCAACAGAAGCACGGUGUGUCACAAGUGACAGUAAGGCCAACAAUAUCUGGCAGUCCGUAUAAAAAACCGCAAGGUUCGUCGUCGCAAUUAGCGAAGAAUCGCUUAGCCUCGGUGUCAAAUCCGACACAUACUUCGGAGGAAGUUGAACGGUUAAAGCCUUCGUACAGCACCGAAGAAUUGAAUCAGGAAAUGGCCAACUUAGAGGGUCUUAUGAAAGAUCUGAAUGCCAUAACAGCAUCGGAAUUUGAAUGCUAAAGUAGGUUCCUAAGCCUUGUGCCAUCUUAACUGAUGGGUAGACUGCAACGCCACGAUGUUAGUACCUGAGAGGUAAAUUAAAUUGUCACAUUUUUGCCAUUUACGCCGAAUUUCUCCCCGAUAAAUAAGUACGAUUACUAUCGGGAUCACGUAUGGAAAACCAAUAUUGUAUAGUUAAUUAGCGUCGAUGAACGGCGCAAUUAAUGCGUGACCCAGAUGCUCGUUUUAAUUGGGACACGGCGAUCAACGGCCAAUCGCCAAAUCCGUUUCCUCUCUCCGGUACUACCGUUGCUCGUCUUGGAUGUAAAACUCAAUAAUAUACUUGCCAAUGUGUAAUCCGACAGCGUCGCGUUCGCGCGGCGUAUUUUUGAUAACGCGAGCAGGCAAGUGUGUCGCGACUGGCCGCUCGAGGGGACUCGACGGGCCCGCUUUCGUGUUAUUCGACGUUACAAUAUAAUCGCGUGUAAAUGUGCUGGACGCGUGUACCGAUCGGGACGUAAAUUAUCCAACACGACUUUUCGGCGUGUUUGUCUACGAUGUGUGAAAGUCAAUGUACAAUAAUGUAGUCAGGUCGCGCGAACGAGAAAACGUCGCGAUUGUCUUUCUUCGUCAUAUUUUUUUUUCGUCAUUUACACAAAGAUCCCAGGGUGGUUUAACCGGACGACGCCCCUAUUGUAUGUGCUUUUAUGCGCGUCGACCCCUAAGCAGUCUUGCCUAAAGGGAGAAGAAGAAAAUCGCCUUGCUGUCCCAGCGAAAGAGCUCGUGCGUCGCUAUACCGUAUUCGCAUAAUUAUAUCCUUCGUCGACUCGCUAAUGCCAUAUUUACGCUUGAAAAGACGGGGCACGCGUGAGCCGUUCGGUCAAGUAAUUUACGGUCCAAGAUGAUAUAGGCAGGAGAAUAGAGUAUUCAUUCUAUUUUUGUAUCUAUUAUGAUCGGUUCGCGACGAGCUUUAUCGCGCACGUCUUACAUUCGGGGGGGGGCUUCUCGCAAAGCUUGUUCGCAUAUUUCAAUUUGUUCGGAAACCAGGUGAGCUUUUACAUCCCGCGAGACCGAUUUGACCGAGUUUUAGCUCGCACAAUGUAGGCGCGGCACUCGGUUUCGCGCUCUGCUGGACCGUGAGAUUUCUGUGAUUUCCUUCCGGACGGCCUUCGUGAGAUGUGCUUAGGUCACCCUGCGCGUGUGCUACUCGACGUCCCGAGGCAGCUCGUAUUCAAUGACGAUUUCGUGCGCGUAUCCUCUGUUGAAGCAAUCACCUAAUGUAUACAUUACGAUCUCAAUGGAAAAUAUUACUUUUUAGAGUUAAUCGUUUACAGGCGAAUAAUUGUGGGUAUUAUACGAUAGGCUGUUUAGCGUAACAAGGCCGACGGUCGACUCUUAAAAAUCGCGGUCGCGGAAAAAUUACCGGCGGUUCCGCGGGAUUUAGCGGCCGAUCCGUCUCUCGCUCUGUGCUUCAGAAUUCGUACGUUUUGUCGCGAGCGAUUAAACGAAAUUGCGUUAUUCGACGAACACGGUCCGUUUGGGCGAAGUAAGUUUUAUUCCUCCCCCUCCCUCCCUUCCCGCGUGUCGCCCUUACGAGUUGAAGUAUUAUCGAUGAAAGAAAGGAAAAAAAUGUUGUAUACAAAUAUUUUUAGUGGGAUAUAUAUGCAUACCUAGUAUGUGGAUUUUUGUAUUUUACCUACUCGGAUACGCGAUCGGGAACGGCUUAGGAGAAAUUUUAUAAACUUAUAAACGCAAUGCUCAAGUCCGGCGUUGAGAAUCGUCGAGGUAAUAUGUAACGUAUAUGGUCCAUAUUUCUAUCCAGAUACACAUUUUAUAUAAGCCAUUUUACUGCCAAUUGAUUAAUGCAUAUCUAUUAAGGUACAUACGUGUGUACGUUUCCUUCCAAUCGCUAGAGACACUUCGAAACAUUAAACGGGACGCGCUCCCGAAUUCCAAUUCGGAUCCAAAUGGGAUACAACGAUUGUCGUUGCCGCCGCGAACUAAUAAUAUGUGCUUGUAGAAUUUCGAAUCGUACUCGACCACUUUUGUAUUUUCAUAGCGUUCGAGGUGUUGUACAAAGAUCUUGUAUAUUAAGGACGUUGUACGGCGGCGCGAGCUGAGAAUCCUAGUAGCACAGUGCGUUGGCUGAACAUUGGUCCAAUAAAAUCAAAUAUUGCCCAUAAAAUCAAAUAUUGCAAUGUUUAACCAAUGUUUGGUCAACGCACUGUGCUACUAGGGAAGGACUCGAGUGAUGUACAUCAAGCUCCCUCGUCUUCUCUUCCUUCGAAAGGAAAUAAGAGAGAAAUUAAGCACCGAAAUUUGCAUUAAAUUAAGAGAAGUGCGCGCAAUUCUCGGUGCUACAAUUAUAUACCGGCUCUUUAAAAAAAAUAUAUAUAUCACUCGAUUCCCAAGCAAUUCGCGUCACACGAAUCCCGAUGUAGCACGAUUUCCGGAUGCACCGCGAUAGUAAGGGGUGAUAAUCUCUUAGCAUGUUAGGCGCUGCCAAUUUUUGCGACGGGCUCCUCGCGGAUUCGGAGCUUCCCCAGCGCGACAGGGAGAACCAAUUUUCGCAUCGUGAUGCGGAGUUUUGCGUAUUAUUUGCGACCGUGCGUGCGCAAACGCGGCGAACGAGCGAGAGUCUCUCCGCGGUCGACGGGAACGGGAUUACCAGCGUACGAUCCUACCGGGCUCCGUUCGCCAAGCGCUACAUUUUAAUUUUUUUUUAAGUAUACAAGUUAACUUGUAAAAGAGAAUGCGUUAUUGAGUGAACGCGCGAUACGUUUUUCUCGGAGAGACGCCGAACGUUUUGCACUUCGUUCUUGGUACUUUUUUUUCUUGUUUUUUUGACGAUGUCGAGCUUUGCGCAAGCUUUUGCAAUCGCGAGAGGAGCAUGCGAGCUAUACCGAUAAAGAGAACAGCUUGUACAUUAAGUAUAUAUAAUAUAUAUAUAUAUAUAAAAGUUGUAUCUAUAUUGCGCUGUUGAGAGGAAAACAAAAAGCGUCAAAGCGUACUUUUUAAUUGAAAGACAAGCCUACACGGAGGGCCUGCGAGAAUAUUUUACCACAAAAGUAUAAUUAGCGUAUAGUUACGUAGAUAGCGUACAUAUUUAUCUUUAUAAGAUUAAUAUUAUUUAUUGAUUCUUUUUUUACAUGUUCGCGCGCGCGCCAAUAUUUCCGGAUACAGACGAAUUACGCGAGACAUUAGAGGCUGGCUUUUGCAUUCGACCGUCGCGUCGCGAUGAAAUACACCUCCGAUUCUCAUUACUCAUCAACGAAUCGAUCAUCCGCAUCUGCAUUUAUAAAUUAGUUAGGUAAAUCAAUUAUCUAGAUUAGCGUUCAAACGUAAAUUCGACGGUAUAAUCGCGUUGAGGAAACGACCGGCUUAUCGAUGUACAUAAAUAUAAAAGAAACAACACCGCCACUUUAUAUAAGAGAUGAUCAAGUAUUUAUAUAUAUUAUAUAUAUAUAUUACAAUUGAAUAUAAUUCUUAUAUUUGUACGAUAUACGAUAUAAGAAAGCCCGCCCCGCGAGACGAAACAUUCAUAACAAGUGUGUGAUAAUAUUUGUAAAACUUGAUAUUCAAUAAACAAUUUUAUGUUCUUUACAAAA